UUUAAAUCCAACCUGGACACUCGGUUGGUUCUCCUCCAGCCAUGUCUGAUCAAAACAGAGGACUUCUACCAGACAGAGGACACGUAUUACAUUGUCCUGGAGCUGAUGGAGGGGGGAGAGCUGUUUAACAGGGUGAAGGCGGGACAAGGCCUGGAUGAGGCUGUGGCUAAACUCUACUUCUACCAGAUGCUGAUGGCAGUGGAGUACCUCCACAGGAAUGGCAUCAUCAGAGAUCUGAAACCCGAGAAUAAUCUAUUGGCUUCUCAGGCAAAGACCUGUCUCAUUAAGGUCACAGAUUUCAACCAGUCCAAGAUUCUGGAGGGGGAGAACAGCUCAACGCGACCACGGGGCAUGCACCUUACCAAUAGACGAGUCCAACACGAUACACCUGAAGCUCAUUUUAAACCCUUGCACGUGUUUCAAAUGUAAUCUGGUCACCCAGAGAACGAAGAUCACGGCCGACCAUUGCAAU